AAAUGAGCCACCAAAACUCCCAGUACCAUAUCCUCAAGUCAAGCCAAUAUCAUGUCAUACAUUCCACAUACUGUUUCCACUGUGGUCAUGGAGGUUGCUGCAGAAUCACCCCAAGAAACAGAUCUGUUAAGCUGCAGUUUACAAGAAGCAGAGGAACAAAUGGAGCUGAUAAACAGAGAAUAUCGAAAGGUUCUUAUGAAAAUAGAAACGCAAAAGCUUGAAUUAGCCCCGAAAACACGGUCCCUCUUCAAUCUGGAACGUCACAUUGAAUCAAUGAGACGCACUGCUGCCUGUAGAAAGGAAAGACUGGACCCUCUCCAUCUUGCGAUGGACAAGCUGAGCUUCGCAAACAAUGCAUACCGAGACAAUGCCAUCAAGCAUUCAUUCUUAGAAGAGCAAGAAAUCGAUUACCGGAGAUUGAACUUCAAAAUGAAUCAUGGAAGGAAAAGCUUUCAGAUAGAGAGACGACUCCUGAGCGAAAUCAAAACAAAGGAGGGAAAGGGCAGCAACACUACUGAUUCGUUGCCGCCACUUGAAGUUAUUGAGUCCAAAGUAAAUCAGAGGAGCACAGUACAUGAUCAGAUUCAGUACAAAUAUGGCUACGGGCAAAGACGGGGCUGGAGAUCAAGAGCUUCGCCGGCAGCUGAAACAGCUGGAAUUGGAGAGGGAGAAAGUUGUUGCUAACUGCGUUGUGGGGGGAAAGAUAUGGAGUUCUUUGGGUUCGAUAAAAACCAUCAAAGAAUGUAUUGAGGCAGAGCAUAAGGAGGCAGAGGACUCAAAGGAAGAUCGUCGGAGGU